UACUCACUCACCAAUAUUUAUUUGAUACGAAUCAUAUAUACCUUCACUAAGAUUUCUCUCUCUAGCCCUCUCCUUCCUUUCUCUCUCUGUCGGCGAUGCAGAGGCUUUCGCUUGACUCUUCAGCUUCGAAGCUCUAUAGCUAUGGAGGACGGAAGGACGAUACCUAUGAUAUCGAUGACUUAAAGCGGAAAGAGUCAGCUUCAUCUCCUCCUUCUUCGUCGUCUUCACCGGCAGAUUACGACGAUCACGAGCUCAAGGACUUUAAGCCGAGGCGGUUAUCGCUGCAAUCGCCUUUCGCGGCGACGCAUCAGAAGCAAGAGAAACUCGUCCACUUCAUUCCUGUUCUCACUCUUAUCUGUUUUAUCAUUCUCUACCUCUCUUCUCACGCUCCGUCGCAAUCAGAUUUGGCUCAGUUUAACGGAUUCAUGCGUCCUUCAAAGCAUCUAGAUUCCGACGAAAAUGGCGAUAUCUCUGGAUUCAUCAGGUCAGACACUUUAGCAAUCCGUAGUAGCAUAAGGAACCUGCAAGAAACGGAAAGCUACGCGACGAAAUCACUUCCCCGUCGCCGAACAUCUCACCGGAAAACCGCUGACUUCUAGCUUUUCUUCACAUCGUCCUGCUCUAAAUAUUUAUUCGUCGUGUAGAUUCAUUUGCAUGUCGAUUUGUUCAUUCAAAUUAAAAAAAAAUAAAAAAAAUCGCGCUUCUGUUAUUAUUAAUGGAUAGAAAGAUAAAUCGAAAUAUCGCAAAUCGCCGGUAAAACAACAAAAGCGACCGGCGGUGGAAUAACUGUCAUGCUAGAGUGCGCUAUAUAAGUAAGGCGUAGGUUAAAGUUGACUGAAGUGGAUUAGGUUAGAGUGCGCCUAAGGGUAGUUAUGCUAUCCAGCUGGAAUUUUGGACCGUUACAGAGCCUCGUGCUCCGGUUUAAGAUUC